AUGCCUCAGCAGUCCGUCCUCAUCACCGGGUGCAGUGACGAUGGUAUUGGCUAUGGGCUUGCGUUGACAUUACAGCAACGAGGCUACCUUGUCUUUGCCACUACUCGAGAUGUCAAAAAGAUGUCCAAGCUGGAAGGCCUCUCCAAUGUCGAGCUUUUAGCGCUAGAUGUGACGGAAAAAGAUCAAAUUGCUGCAGCUGCUAGAGUAGUCCGUGAUCAAACGGGUGGCACCCUAGACUAUCUCAUCAAUAAUGCAGGGCGUAACCAUUUCAUGCCCAUUCUAGAUGAAGACCUUAACGCCACCCGGGCUAUUUUUGACACUAAUGUUUGGGGACCGGUGGCAGUCACCCAGGCCUUCGCACCAUUUCUCAUUGAGGCCAAAGGCCGGAUUGUCUUUAUCACGUCAAUUUCGGGCUAUAUCAAUGUUCCCUGGAUGGAUCCGGCCAGUGGAUAUGGACAUGUUUAUUCUGAAAGCCAACCCACAUACAUUGGAGCAGGAAGUUACGCUGCCUCAAAGCGAUCUAUUGAGAUCAUUGCUGAGACUCUCCGUCUGGAGCUCGGCCCUUUCAAUGUUGGAGUCUUAUCUAUCGUAACGGGGGCUGUGAAAUCACAGGGUCAGACCUAUUUUGGAGACUUUAAGUUGCCUGAUGAUUCUUUGUACAGUUCAAUUGAGGAUAUCAUUGCGUCUCGGGCUCAAGGUAAAGAUGGCGUGGACCGAAUGCCCCUAAUGGCUUACAGCAACAAAGUCGUCGAUCAGAUUACGAAGGGCGUCAUGGGUAAAUUCUGGUGUGGCAAUAAUGCCAGUGAAACCAAAUUCGGGUCCAGCUACCUGCCAGCAUCCAUCAUGGACAGGGGUGUCGCCAAGGGUACUGGGCUGGAUAAAUUGUGA